GACGUCAUUUAUUCGCGCCACAUGAAGAAAACAAACCAUGAAAACACAGAGAAUCGGCUCGUCAGCUCAAUAAAUGAUCAGGACCAGGGAGGAAUAACGAGUCUCCUUACCCCCGCUAACCAGACCCUGUCCUCGGAUAAAAAGGAUAAAAGGAGCUCACUCCCCGACGCGACACCAGGAGUUCGGUGGCCUCGCGGUUUAUCAGGUUCCUGCCCACGGUAUCGUCCUGGGUUCAAGACCCGGUCGGACGAAGAGUCCUUAAUGACCCCCCAGUCAUUUUGCUUUUAGUUUUGGACGGGUCCAGGACUCCGCCCCAGAACCAUGAGCUCCAGAGUGUGCAGGACCUGUGGGGGGUCCGACAUCGACGUGGACCAGGCCCGGGGCAGCGCUGUGUGCACCAGCUGUGGUUCGGUCCUGGAGGACAACAUCAUCGUCUCCGAGGUCCAGUUUGUGGAAGGAAGCGGGGGCGUCUCUUCUGCUGUGGGACAGUUUGUCUCUGCUGACGGUCCAGUUAAGGCUCCACUUCUUGGUUCUGGGUUCCACACCAGCGCCGGUAAAGAGUCCAGAGCUCAGACCUUACAGAGCGCUAAGCGUCAGAUCCAGCAGCUGGGCAGUCAGCUGCAGCUCAAUCAACACUGUCUGGACACGGCCUUCAACUUCUUCAAGCUGGUAGUCAGCAAACACCUGACCCGAGGACGGAAGACGGAGCACGUCAUCGCUGCAUGUCUCUACCUGGUGUGUCGCACUGAGGGGACACCACACAUGUUGCUGGACCUGAGCGACCUGCUGCAGGUGAAUGUUUACAUCCUGGGAAAGACCUUCCUGCUGUUGGCCCGUGAGCUCUGCAUCAACGCUCCAGCCAUCGACCCUUGCCUCUACAUCCCUCGCUUUGCUCACAUGUUGGACUUUGGGGUGAAGACUCAUGAGGUUUCCAUGACGGCUCUUCGUCUCGUUCAGAGGAUGAAGAGAGACUGGAUGCACACAGGACGCCGUCCCUCUGGACUCUGUGGAGCAGCUCUCCUAGUCGCUGCUCGGAUGCAUAAGUUUCGUCGUUCAGUGAAGGAUGUGAUCAGUGUGGUGAAGGUCUGCCAGACCACUCUGAGGAAGAGGUUAACAGAGUUUGAGGACACGCCCACCAGUCAGCUGACCAUCGAUGAGUUCAUGAAAGUAGAUCUGGAACAAGAGUGUGAUCCUCCGUCCUUCACUGCUGGACAGCACAAAGUCAAGAUGCAGCAGCUGGAGCAGGAGCUGGCCAGGAAACUGGAUGAAGUAGAAGGAGAGAUCAGCUGCUACAAAGACGAGAUUGAAACCGAGCUGGAGAAGAGCCGACCGAAGCUGAGAGGAAUCUACGCAGCCUACACCAAAGAAAUCGACUCGGAGGACGUGGAGGACUUGUCCUCAGCAUCUGAACCUGAGGAGAAGGAGGGCGAGGACGCUGAGCUCCAAGCAGCCACAGAGCACCUGACCCAGGACUUCCUCUGCCAGGUGAUCCAGGAGGAGGAGGGGCGGGACAACAAGACAGAUGGCAGAUUAUAUGAGCCAGAGGCGGGGCAAGAGGAGGAUGGAGGGGGGGCACUUCGUCAGGCCCCCCCUCUGGCCGGCAUCUUGGGUACCCUGCCAAGCGCCACCAGCCUGGGCCUCCAACAGGCGUUUCAGCCCUUUGACAAAGAAGAAGAGAUGGAUGAGAAACAGGAUGAUGACCUGUCAGAGGCCGGGGAGCUGGAUCUGGACGGUAUUGACGAUCAGGAGAUUGAUAAGUACAUCCUGAACGAUACGGAGGUUCUAGUGAAGACAGAGCUUUGGAUGAAACAGAACGCUGAAUACCUGAAGGAGCAGAAAGAGAAAGAGGAGAGAAUAAGCAAAGAGAAAGAACAGGGCACCUACAAGGAAAAGAAGAAGUAUAAAAAGCGGGAGCAUAUCCAGGCGUCGUCAGCGGGUGAGGCGAUAGAGAAGAUGUUAGAGAAGAAGAGGAUUUCCAGCAAGAUCAACUAUGACGUCCUCAGAGACCUGAACCGAGGAACAGGAAGUCCCAGCAGAUCCUCCGACCCCCCCGAAGCUGAACACAAACGACUGAACCGCCGCCGCCGCAGGAAAACCAGCGAGGCUAACCGAGAACUAGCUGCUAAUGCUAGCAUCAUGGGGAAGAGGUUCAGACAUCUCAUUUCUUCCACACCAAAGAAGAAGAAAAUCAUUAUUCAGGAAGCGAACAGCGUCACCAUAGCAACAGAAGCUGCAGCUGAACCAAGUCCAGAUCCUGAACCAGACUCAGAAACUGCUCCACCUCCAGAGGAGGUGGAGAAGGAGGUGGUGGAGGAGGAGGAGGAGGAGGAGGAGGAGGAGGAAGAAGAAGAAGUGGAGGAGGAGUGUGUCAGCGCUCUGCAGCUCGUAGGAGAUUACGGCUGUGAGGCUGAGGAGGAGGAAGUCUUCUAAUCUCCAGAGGAUGAACGUGGUCCAGGAUCCAGAUCUGAGGCAGCUGAGACUUGAUGGUUGAUCAAGUUAAACGAUGACUUUGAUUUAAAGGCUUUAGUUGGACUGAAGCAGUUUUUAGUCGUUUAUUUUUACAUGAACUGUUUUAAUGUGCUGACGUACUUUGUUGUUUAGUGUAGAAACAAACAAUGAGAUAAAAAAAACAACAACAUUCCUUCA